CCCUCAGAUCACUCCAUUCAUCUUCUUCCCCCGCACUCUCCUCGAUCUCUUCGCCGUUUCUCUUUUCCGUCCUCUCGUAUCUCAGCAUCCCCUCUAAUGGCAUCCAUGGCUGGUUCAUCAAUCACCAUGCAGCCUCGCAACACCCUUGCUUCAAGGAGUGUUUCUGGGUUGAAAUUGGGUUCAUUUAUGAAGCAGGGAGGAAGAAGCCUCUCAUUUACAAUGCGUCCAAUGCCUGCUCGCUUGCAGAUAAGCUGUGCUGCCAAAAAAGAGACUCUGGAUAAAGUUUGUGAAGUAGUAAGGAAACAACUAGCUGUAGAAGAUGACAAACCAAUCACCGGUGAAUCGACAUUUCUUGAUCUUGGAGCUGAUUCCCUUGAUACGGUUGAGAUUGUGAUGGGACUGGAGGAAGAAUUUGGAAUCACUGUGGAAGAAGACAAUGCACAGAGCAUUACAACUGUUCAAGAUGCUGCAGAUCUCAUUGAGGAGCUCUGCAGCAAGAAGAGUGCCUAGAAAACUAGUUAAGUCGGACGGUUUGAAUGCCGAUGUUUGGUGUCUUUUCUUGUGUGUGAACUUUUAUGUUCAAUAUGUAGGAAAACUCGUAAUAAAGUUGUUGGGAUUAUUGGUUAUGAAUUUAUAUUUGUCACUUUUUUUAGUUUUUUAUAA